AGUAAAAAGAGGAAUCCUACAGACUCAUUUGGUGAUGAAAAUGAUGAACCUUCAUUAGGUAAACAUCAUCCCAUGUGUUCAUGAAUUGUAAUUGAAAAUUGUAGGCUGUAUCUUCAGUGGUAGACAUGAUUGUGUUACUUCUGUUUUUGGUUUACUGAUUUCUUACUUUCGUUUUUCCUUUUUUUUUAGCUGAAAAGUUCAGAGAAUUCCUCUUAAAUCUCCGCUAUUUCAGGAUUUUUAUUGGCAUUUGGAAUCUAAUUAUGAUAAUAUGCAUGGUUAUGUAAGUACAGAAAGUUUAAAUUAGUGCAUGCAAUCCUUUGAGGAAGUUUAAUGAGUGCAUUCACAAAAGGGGAUCAAGUCACUUUGAUCUUAUACAGUUUUCUCCUUUUGUCAUUUAAGCAUCAUUAGAUAUUUUGUCACCAUGAAAUGGCAAAUGAAACCAAACGUUCCAGUUCAAAUAUUGUUGUUUUUAUAAUAUUUUUACGUAGUUAAAAUUUUCAGGUAAGGUUUAUUCAUCCUCUUUUUCAUCUUCCCUUUCUUUCUCUUGUCUCGUAAGGAAUGUUAAAAGUGUGCUAUUUCUUUUACAGAUUAUUUGGAUCGUGAUAGAAUCUCAGAUCAUUGAGGCUAAACAAGAAGGCUCACAAUAAAUUUCCACUUUAAGACAAAGUUCUACAGUACAUACAUGUACAUUGUGCUAUGAAAGGGAAUCUAAAGGGGAUAUUUCAUACAAAGGAUUAGAUUGAGGUGCUUCAUGGAGGUUUCAAGAUUAGGACUAUGCCACUUUUUUAUUCAAAUACUGCAACCAAACUCUAUCUACCUCUAAGUAAAACAACCCAAAAUUAUACUACAGUCAGGCCCCACUUUGCAGACACCCGCUUAAUAUGGACACCUCAUUAUUAUGGACAGUUUUCUUUGCCCCUGGAGAAAGAAACUCUUACAUUUUGUCUAAAUUCAACCUGUUAAUACAAACACCCUGUUAAUACGGACACUUUCUAUAGCCCUGUAAGGGUCCGUAUUAUCGAGGUUUGACUGUAUGAAGAAGUCAAGCAUUCAGACAACAAAAUUCAGCUAUAGCAUCAGUACCAUCCCUCUUCAACUUCUUGCCAACUGAACAAGUAAUAUCUGCUUGUGAUAGAUACUCAUCCUUUAAAUUAUUUACUUCAAGAGGGUUUUCUGUUUUAAAGCAAUAAACUGUAAAUACAUUUUAAUUAUUAAACUCUGGCAGCAGAAUUAGGUUAAUUUUAGUUCUACAGGAAAUUUAAUGUAGAAGAAAAAAUUAAGUGGACGCAACAACUGAUUAGAUCCAAGGGAUCUAACAGCACAGCUGGGGUGGGAUAUGGUUUAUAAGGGUUUGCCCCUUCAUUGAGGAAAUCUGGGGCCUUACCCAAGUUCUCACUUUAAGUAUUUUCUUUAAGUAGCUUGUGCCUCUCUGUCAACUAGGUGGUGUAUUGCACUUGUCACCAGAGAAACUUACCAAUAAUGAACCUUUUUUGAACCAGGAAAACCACUGGAUUUCUGGAGAGUUAGUUGGUAUUAUUGCAGAGGGGCAAGGCUGUUCCAGUCGUUCAGAUAGUACAAAGUGCUGCAAAAUGAAGGGCCACUACCCCAGUGAUUUUGUUACAAAU